GCCAACUCUCCACCGAGCACCGUGCCUCUAGACUUGAACAACAGAGUCACACAUCAGUUGGAGAUCAUUUGCUCCCUGCUCACCAUCAUCACCAUCAUCAUCAUCAUCAUCACCAUCACAUAUAUCACACAGGACCGCGCACAUCUCCCGCCUGAGCGCCUUUUGGGCAGCGCGCUCGUGUUCGUUCUUGCGCGCUCGGCAUCUGUCGCCCCCGUGGGAACUCGCUCCAAUAGGAAUCAACAUACAGCAGCGAGCUCUCGCUAAAUGCGGACAUGGGUGUUUCUCCAGACGCGCAUUUCCACGCAUUCUGGUUCCUGGUUUCACAAUGUCGACACUGAUCGCGCCGUGGUGACACACACACACACGCACACGCACGCACACACACACGCGCGCACACACACCCUUCACGUUUUGUUGUUUCACGCCACUCUGAGAACUUUGCGCGUCGAGACAGGGGGCACUUCUUCUUCUCCCCUUUUUUUUUCCUCCUGUGGAUUACUGUGGCCGGGUUUUGUUUUUCUUCGGGGCCGGAAUGGUUCGCAGGAGCGCGCCGCGUCCUCCCGCCUGCAGGAAACAACUUCAAACAGCCCCGGCCAUGCUCCACACUUUGAUCUUUUGAAAGGGAAGGAAAGGAAGGGGGCCAGGUAAUGAGCCACCGCGAGGGCGCCGGGAUGGCAUCGAACGAGCGGCUGCACGAGCUGUGGACGUCGUACUACACGAAGAAAGACGUGGACUAUCUGCAGCAGUGGCUGGAGGCUUUUGUGGCGUCUUUUGAGAGGCUCAUCGAUGUGCAGUCGUUGGAGCCUCGGAGGCUGGAGGAGUGCAGCUCUGAGGUGCCCUUGCUUCCCAGGGAGGUCCUGGUGUUCCUCAGCACCCAGCUGUGGCACGGUGCGCUGCACCUCUCCACAGCCUCGGAGCAAAGCGGCAGCAUCCCGCACCCUCUGCUCCUCAUCAAGUUCUUCAUCAUUAUCUGCCGGAAUAUGGAGAACAUCGACCCAGAGAAGACCCCUGGUUUUGUUUUUGAAACUAUCAGGCUUUUAAAUUUCUGCUUGGACCAGAUAAAACAUGGACAAGGGGAGCCGUCCUCUCUGCAGUUGGUUGUGCAGCAUGGACUGGUGCUGUGUGAGAGCCUGUUUGACCCUUAUCAGACGUGGAGGAGACGCCUAGCAGGGGAGGAGGUGAGCUUGCCAGAGAGGAACAAGUAUAAGUUCUCCCCGCUGGCCUUGCCAGAGGAGCUGCCUGCCUUCUUCCAUGAAAGUCUACAGGAAAGCGAGCAGAUCCCAGAGAUCCUCGCGCUCCGAUUGGUUCAUCUCCAGGGCGCUGUCAUCAGCGGAGGAAAGAAGAAUGGCCUUCUCUCCAUCACCCCUCACUCUGUUGAGGACCUGUUCUCUGUUCUGCGAGCGUGGUGCUGCCGGACCUCCUCUGAGGCCAAGGACACGGGGCUCCCGCGGCAGACCUUGCAGUGUCUGACGGCGAUGAUCCACCUGCUGCACUCCAGCAGUCCUGCGGAGCGUCAGGUGGAGAUCAGGGCGAUACUGGAGGGCUACUUCCAGCUCCUCAACUGGAACCGUCCGCUUAGCAACGAGCAGCAAGACAGGCAGAGCUGGGAAGACAGUCUGAUCUCACUCCAGAGUCAAAUGCUAACUGCUGUUCCUGAGAUCCUGCAGUGCCCCGACAGACCUGUCCUGCAGGCUGUCUUCCUCAACAACAACUGCUUUGAACACAUCCUCAGGCUAAUACAGAACAGCAAGCUCUUACAGAGCAACAGGCGUAGACCAGAGCGUGAGGUCACAACACAGUUACUCACAGAGGUCGAAGUGGACCAGGUUUUGGAGAAAGGAUCUGACAGUAUUACAGUUCAUGCUUUAGGAGUCCUCACUGCUUUAAUGAGUAACUCACCCUCUGCAAAGGAGGUUUUCAAGGAGAGGAUUGGUUACUCCCAACUGUUUGAUGUGCUGAGGAGUCAAGGUCAACCCACAAAAAGGCUGCUGCAGGAGCUGAUGAACAUGGCAGUGGAGGGCGAGCAUGCCCACGCUCAUCACCUUGGCAUUAGUAACGACCAACCCUUGCUGCUGCUCCUGCAGUGGUUGCCUGACCUGUCAGGCCAGAGGGAACUUCAACUGCUGGUGGCGCAGUGGCUGGCCACCGUGUGUCGCGGCUCCUUGUCCUGUCGCACCGUGGCUGUGGAGGCCGGCAUGGUGGGGGCUCUGCUGCAGGUGCUCUCCCAGCCACAGAGUCUGGACAGGCAAUGUGCAGACGCUCUCCUGGGUCUCCUGCAGCACUUGGGCUCCCUGUGUCUGAGACCAGAGGAGCUGAAGAGUCUGCUCAGACUGCUCAGGGUUGAUCAGGAAAAUGGUGCAGUAGCGGGCAGGAUGCAUCCCUAUUGCAGCCGCGUCAUCCGAGUGCUCUCGGCCAUAGCAGCCAGGGAAGGCCAGGACAGUGCCCUGCAGUACUUUGAUCUCACACCCCCCAUGGCUGGUAUUAUGGUGCCCACAGUCCAACGCUGGCAAGGCAGCGGGUUUGCCUUUCACGCUUGGCUUUGCCUCAACAUGGAGUUCCCCUCCUGUCACACGGAGUUCGCCAACAGCCGUAGACCUCGCGCCAACUCUCAGCAUGAUAUGGGAAAAGGGCCCCGCAGGAAGCAGCUCUACAGUUUCUUCACAGCGAGUGGAACAGGGCUGGAGGCCUUCUUCACCAUGGAGGGUGUGCUGGUUGUGGCCGUCUGCACUAAGAAAGACUACAUGGCUGUCGCUCUGCCAGAGCACCCACUCACUGACUCACGCUGGCAUUCAGUGGCUAUAGUUCACAUCCCAGGCCGUCGCCCAUUUGGUCAGAACCUGGUGACCGUCUACAUCGAUGGAGAGCAACGUAAAACUGCUCAGCUUCGCUUUCCCUCUCUCAGUGAGCCUUUUACCUCCUGCUGCAUCGGCUCUGCAGGCCACCGGACCACUACCACCACCACGUCCCCCAACCUGCCCACGACCUCAUCCUCCACCCCCUCGCCUGAGUUUGCCUUCCCUGCCCAUGCCCCCUCCCUUAUCCGCUCCCAGUCAUUCCCAGCCUCCAUGGCAGGAGGCCACUGGGGUUCCGCAGGCGAGUCUCCUGUGCACACCAUCCCAGCGGGACUGCAGGACACAGAGUGGGGAACACCCACAUCUCUGGAUGGCCUCCUUGGCACCGCCUUCAUCUGCCACGAGGCUCUGCAGCACACCCAGACAAGAGCUCUGUAUGCUGCAGGCCCAAACCACGUGUCCUUAUUCAAAGCGGAUGGAGAGUUGUCUGAUCUCAACAGCAAGCUUCUGCUCUACUACACUCCAAAGGCAUUUAAGAGCCAGAUAUGUCUGGACCUGUCUCCCAAUCACCAAUAUGAUGGCAGGCUGACGGGACACAGGGUGGUCAACUGGGACAUCAAGGACGUUGUAAAUGUGGUGGGAGGUUUAGGGGUUUUGUUGCCCCUGAUCGAGCAGGUGUGCGAGGCCGAGCAGAGCAGUGGUCAGGAGACCUCGGACUUGCUCGGACCAGAACUCACCUCCCCCAGAGGCCCCGCUGCCCUGCUGCUGCCGCUGAACAAGUCUGCAGAGGGCAGGCUGGAGAGAAACAGCAUUGCAGCUUUCCUGCUGAUGGUGAAAAACCUGAUUCGUCAUCACCCUGUAAAUCAAGAGAGCCUGUUGCACUGCCACGGGCCGAGCAUCAUGGGAGCCAUGCUCAGCAAAGUUCCAGGCACUAUGAUGGACAUGGACGUUUUAAUGGCAUGUCAGCUGCUGCUGGAGCAGGUUUUCAACGAGGGCAACAGUCCACUCCUACAGCAGCUCUACCAGCACCUGCUCUUUGAUUUCCGCAUCUGGACUAAAAGCCAUUUCGCCGUGUGUCUGGCACACGUGCAGUACCUGGCAACUGUGAUAAAUAAAGGCAAGCAUCGCAUGAAGAGGAAGUACGGGGUUCAGUACAUUCUCGAUACCAUUCGGACGUUCUACAGUGUGGAGAAGGAUGGCAGCCCUCUGUCUGAAGAGAAGCAAACAAUCCAGACCGCUCUGUUCGCGCUGCUGAAGGACUUUCUCAAGUCUCCGACACCAGAGGAGCUUCACAGUGUCCUCGCCUACAUCCUGACUGUAGGAGAGGGGCAGCAGGUGGUGAGGGCCUUGGAUGUGCUCUAUGAGCUUUUGAGGAGCAGCCCUCCUCGGGAGCAGGUGCAGGCCGUCCUGCUGGAGUGGGGUGUGGAGCAGCUGUACGGUUUGCUGCUCACACCGAGCUUCGGAGACGAGGCCCGAGAGAGGGUGUUCAGGGUUUUGUACAAAAUCCUCAAGAGCGAGCGAGUGUCUGAGCGAAACAAGCAGCGCAUCAAGCUGAAGGAUUUCGGCUACCUUGGCCUGGUUUGCUGCCUUGAAGAGAUCCCUGUCACCAUGAUCACCAUUCGCUGUCUUUACGAGCAGGUCCUUGCUACAGACGCCAGCCCCAACUUCAGAGACCUCCUGGCUGUGGUCUGUCUGUCCCAUCGAGCUGAGCUACCAGUGCGCCUGGACGUCUGUCGCAAGCUCUUUCAUCUGAUCUACUCCAACGAGGAUUAUGUGAAGCAGCUCGCUAAGCAGCCCGGCUGGCAGGAUGUUCUCACCAAACUCUACGUGAAAGAGUCCUACGCAUCCCACACUGCGAGCAUCGCAGAAUCGAGCACAAAUGGCUCCUUUGAACCAAAUUAUCGGCCGCAGCUGCAAAGGGCUCAGGCUCUGGUCAUAGAGGACUCCCGCACUGACAUGUUCCUGAGCUACCGCACUUCCCAGGACAUGGAGGAGGAGGAAGAUGAAGGAGGCCAGCGGGACACUUCUGAGGGGUUCUCUGAUUUAUCCCAGUCGCCUCAAAGUGGAGGCGGAGGCCCACUGAAAAACUUCACUGCCUCCCUCCACUUUAAGUCGUUUGAUUCAGGGGACCAGGGCAGCCAAUCAUCCUCCAUCUCCAAUGCAGUUGAUAUCAGCUCGUCUUGCCCCAAUGGAGAGGGUAGGGAGUACCAGCCCCUCUCUCCAUUUGGUACAUCACCAUUAGAUUUGGAGCUAGGAGGCAUGGGAGAGACGGGCGCUCACACUCCUGCAGGUAGUCUGACAAACACACCAUCGCCUCUUGAGCACUUCAAACCUUUUCCACCACUCCGACCCAGGAAGAGCUCCAGUCUGUCAAAUGUGCUGGAUGAUACGAGCUAUGGGACAGACCCUCCCACCGGAGACACAAUCUCCAAUACGUCCAACCCACAGCAGACGCCUGAAGAGGAGCUGUGCAACAUCCUCACCAACAUCAUCUUCUCCGUGCUGUGGAGCGGCAGCGGAGCAGAGGUGGCGGGGGACGUGGUGUGGCGCGAGAGAGGACAGGUGUUUUCUGUUCUCACCAAGCUGGGCUCAUCCUGCCAACUGGUCCGCCCUCCUGAUGAUAUCAAACGCAGUUUGUUGGAGAUGAUGCUGGAGUCGUCACUGUCGGACCUGAGGGAUGCCCAAGGAGUGUCUCUGCCUUUCUGUCCCAGUCUGGUUCGACUACUCAGGCUCCUGCAGGACUUCCUGUUUGCCGAGGGAACAGACAACCACUCGCUGUGGAGUGAAAAGAUAUUUGAGGGGGUGGUGAACCUGCUGGACAGGUUGCAGGCCUGGCAUAGCACCCCUGGCAGCCCAGGCAACACCGAACUGAAGGAAAUGGCCCAAAUUGGCCUGCGUAUCAUCACCGCAUACAUCCAGCAGCAGCACUCGCAGGUGUGUGUGAUGGCCUACGUGAAGCUCCACAGCCUCCUGCAGACUGUGCUGUGUCUGAGCUGGGAGGAGGUGUGCUUCCUCCUGGGGCAGCUGGGCGCCCCCCUGUGGCCAGGAGGAGUAACGGACGGCACCAACUGUGCAAAUCCGGAGAUUUUCUCCCAGCUUGUGCCCGUCGUACGAACUCUGCUCGAUCAGCACGCCGACCCUAUCACCCUCCAGAACCUGCUACCCAACCUGCCCAUCACCAACGGCAGCCCCACCUUUGCCCAGGACCUUAAGGUUUACAGUCACACGCUGGAGUGGCAGGGGUUCUAUCAGCACCAGGUUCAACCCACCAUGGAGCAGUAUGAACUCGACACAUUCGGGAGGAGCCAUGAUAUCAUGUCCAAUUUCUGGAACUCCUGCUUCGAUGACCUGAUGAGCACGGCCAUUACAACGGACAAAGACAGAUCUGACAGCAAAUCAAAGUUCCAGGAAGUGAUCAUGGACCCCUACCUGAAACGAGUCCGGAGUGAGAACAACAGGUACCUCAGUUGGCAGAAGCAGAGCUCCAGCCAACAGGGGGCGGUGUUGCAGCACUGGAGAGCUCUCCGCAGGCUUUUGACCAGUGAGAGAGGAGCAUGGGCCAACAGAGUUCAACCAGAGGUGAAAUGGAAAUUGUCCAAUGCAGAGACCUAUUCAAAGAUGCGUCUCAAACUUAUGCCCAACUACAACUAUGAUCCUCACAUUGAAGCGAGUGCCCAGCGGGACAACAUGGGAGCUGAUAGCCCACGUAGCACUGAACCUCUCCCAUUGGCUGUUGCAAAGGAGGCAAAAGUGAGCGACAUGGAGGAUGAUCAGUUAGGAGACGAGGACCUCGUCAUUUUGGAUGAUAAGGUGGAGGGAGAGGAUGAGAGCCAGAAAGAAAAACUGGUUCUGUCCGAAGACUGUGAGCUCAUCACCAUCGUGGCGGUCGUUCCGGGUCGUCUGGAGGUUACCACACACCAUCUUUACUUCUACGAUGGCAGCGGUGAUAAAGAAGAGACAGAGGAGGGAAUUGGGUUUGAUUUCAAGCGGCCUCUGUCUCAGCUCAGAGAAGUCCAUCUGAGGCGCUACAACCUACGUCGGUCUGCACUGGAGCUGUUCUUCAUAGAUCAGGCUCACUACUUCAUCAACUUCAAGAAGAAGGUACGAAACAAAGUAUAUUCCAGGAUCCUGGGGCUUCGGCCUCCCAACCUGUUUUACUUUGGCUCCCGCUCGCCCCAAGAGCUCCUGAAGGCAUCUGGCCUUACGCAGAAAUGGGUUUGCAGAGAAAUCUCAAACUUUGAGUAUUUGAUGCAACUGAACACCAUCUCCGGUCGCACAUACAAUGACCUGUCGCAGUAUCCUGUGUUCCCCUGGAUCUUGUGUGACUACACCUCUCCUAUUCUGGAUCUGGAGGACCCGUCCGUUUUCAGAGACUUGUCUAAACCCAUAGGUGUGGCCAACUCACGCCAUGCACAGAAUGUCAGAGAAAAGUAUGAAAGCUUUGAGGACCCGACAGGCACCAUUGAUAAAUUCCACUAUGGUACACACUACUCAAAUGCAGCAGGAGUCAUGCACUACAUGAUCCGCAUGGAGCCGUUCACCACCCUGCAUAUCCAGCUGCAGAGUGGCAGGUUUGACUGUGCAGACAGACAGUUUCACGCAGUGGCAGCUGCCUGGCAGGCUCGAAUGGAGAGCCCGGCUGACGUCAAAGAGCUCAUCCCGGAGUUCUUCUACUUCCCGGAAUUUCUGCAGAACAUGAACGGAUUCGACCUGGGACAGUUGCAGAUCUCUCAGGACCCAGUGGCGGAUGUGCUGCUGCCUCGCUGGGCCACAUCUAGAGAAGACUUCAUCAAGAAACACAGGAAAGCCCUGGAAUGUGAGCAUGUUUCCAGUCACCUCCAUGAGUGGAUUGACUUGAUCUUUGGUUACAAGCAAAGAGGAGAGGAGGCAGUGAAUGCACUCAAUGUCUUCUACUACUGCACCUAUGAAGGUGCAGUCGAUCUGGAUGCAAUUGCCAAUGAGAACGAGCGUAAGGCCCUGGAAGGCAUCAUCAGCAACUUUGGACAAACACCCUGUCAACUCCUCAAGGAACCUCAUCCGCGCCGUAUAUCAGCUGAGAACGCAACUAGGAGGCAGGCCCGCCUGGAUACUUUGCCCCCAAAUAUCUUUGAGGAGCUGCAAAAACUCCGUCCAUUUCUGGAGGUGGUGAGUGACAGCCUUCCUCUGGUCCAGGCAGUGGUACCAAAGAACCAGAAUCGCUCCUUCAUCAUCCAGGGCUCAGACAUCCUGGUCACUGUGAGUUCAAAUGGGUUGAUAGGGACACACAGCUGGCUGCCCUAUGACAAGAACAUUGCCAACUACUUCACAUUCACGAAGGACCCGACGAUGAAUAAUCCCAAAACGCAGCGUUUCCUGAGUGGACCCUUCUCUCCCGGCGUGGAGAUCAGCGCUCAGGUGCUGGUGGUGUCCAACGACGGACGUCUGCUGUUCAGCGGAGGACACUGGGACUGCAGUCUCCGCGUCACCCAACUGGGCAAGGGCAAGCUUGUGGGCAGGAUCUGCCGGCACAUUGAUGUUGUCACUUGCUUGGCUCUGGAUCUUUGUGGCAUCUACCUCAUCUCUGGUUCGAGAGACACAUCCUGUAUCGUGUGGCAGGUCCUGCAGCAGGGUGGCUUCUCCAGCGGCCUGUCUCCUCGGCCGGUGCAGGUUCUCUGUGGACAUGACCAGGAGGUCACCUGUGUGGCCAUCAGCACUGAACUGGACAUGGCUGUUUCAGGGUCAAAGGACGGGACUGUAAUCGUGCACACUGUCCGACGAGGCCAGUUCCUGCGAACGCUGCGACCUCCCGGUAGCAGCUGUGUACCUGCCCCGAUCUCCAAGCUCCAGGUUGGCAGCGAAGGCCACAUUGUGGUACAGACCUCGCUGGAGGAACGCGUUAACAGGAAGGGCAAGUACUCCAUUCAUGUUUACUCUGUCAAUGGCUGCCUGCUGUCAUCCUUCUCCACGGAGGAGCAGGUGACUGCUCUUCACCUGGUGUUAGAGUACGUCAUCCUAGGCACCAUGCAGGGCAGCCUCCACAUACGAGAUUUAUACAGUCUGGAUGCUGCGGUGACACCCCUGGCUUUGAAGGUUCCUGUGAGGAGUGUGUCUGUGACAAAAGAGUGCAGCCACAUCCUUGUGGGACUAGAGGACGGAAAGUUGAUUGUGGUGGGGGCAGGGAAGCCAGAGGAGGUUCCCUCAAGACAAUUCUCCCGUCGCCUGUGGGGCUCCACUCGCCGCAUCUCUCAGGUGUCGUCAGGUGAAACCGAGUACAAUCCCACGGAGAAUGCUGGGAACUGAGAUGAGCAAUGGUCAGAGGAACACUGAAGACUCUGGAGGUUGCAGAUACUGGCACCGCCGAGAUGCUCACCAGACUCAAAAAGGCCAUUCUUUCUUUACAAGAUGGGAAACUCUCCUCCUCAGCCACUGAUGUCUCUGAGAGAGCAACUAAACACUGAGCACUUUUUUUGGAUUCUUAAAUGAUUUGAUAUUUUCAUUGCGUAUUACAUUUACAGUCGUGUACUGUUUUUAAUCAGCAUCAUUCCAAAGAGUGGCCUUGUUUUAUGGAUGGCAACGAGCUUAAUUGUGAACUAUUGUCAGACUAUUUACACUGAAUUGUAUUUCAAGGGAAUGACUCACUCUGAUGCGCAUUCGGGCCUCGGACACAGAGAACAGUAAUGCUGUGAACUCCCCAGGCUCCAUGUUCCUUGGCUCAUUUUCUGUCAGAGGCACAGCUGUGAUCUCUGUGCUGUUGAAUGUCUUUGGCAACGGCGCCUUCUUAAAAACUCCUCGAAACUUGAAAAUCUACUGCAACCGAGAUUUCCAUAUUUGCAAUACCGGUGGAUACCACGAGAGGGUUUGCUCUGCAGAGCAAGACACAGGGACAAGUGAUCACUAUAAUGAACCUAUGCUAUGUUUUCAUUUUUAGCUGUUGACGUCAAGAUUUGCUGAGCCUUAAACCAGAAGUGCACCACAGUUACACAGUGUAUAAUUCUGCAUUCCUUUGGCUCCAAGCGAUGUACAACUGUUACAAUUAAAGCAAUAACUGCUUUAAUGGUCAA